GUAAACAACGCUUCACGCAGCGUAUGCGUGGUUUUGUUACAAACCAUAGAUUUUGUACUAUAGAAUAUUACUAUUUGAUUUUUAGCACGCAAUAUACUUAUCUAAGUUAAAGGUAGGUAUAGUAGGAAUCACGCACAUUCACGAUAGGAAUUUAGAAUAGAUUUUUUUUCUCUAGCUAACCGUGCAUGCCCAUGCACAGGCACGCACGGAACUAUCAAAUAACUACUAUCGAUAGACUAUCAUAACACAAUACGCAAUUACGCAAUGGGAACAACACUAUAAGUUGUAAAGUAAUUAAUUGUUUUGUAUUAUUUUGCAUCUCUUCAAGCAACUUUGAGCUAUUUUAUGAAUUUGUGAGUUGGGAGUGCUUUUGAUUAACUUAACUAUUAAUUUUUAAUGAAAAGUCAGUAAGCAAGAUCCAAAGGAAAUAGCUCUAUUACAAAAAAUCUGUUGAAAUGCCCACCGUAGCUGCGUGUCGCGUCUGCCUGGCGAUGGAAGUGCGGUUAUUUACCAUCGCUGGUUCUCUAAGGCAGCUAUUUGAGAAAAUAACUGGUAAUUCAGUGAGUACAUACAACAUUUUUAGGUCAUUAUGCUAGUAGGGGAAGCUAUAUGACGCUGACGCCAGUGCAGCUCCACACAUUUGACGGGCGGCCCGUGGCGGCCUGUUACAUGUGCUACGCUAUACUAAAAAAGUGCCGCAAGUUUAUUUCUACCGCUGAGCGGGCAGAGAAUGUCCUAACUGGAAUACUGUACAAACAGUCUAAGAUAACAGAGAAAUCCGUAGCCCUGGUUGACCGCGAAGCUCAAGGACUGUGUGGGUCGCUGGGCUACGCUGGGUCUCAGUGUUCGAGCAGUAAACUCCUGGUGCCGCUUGUGGUUAAAACUGAGCCGAAAUCAGAAGUGGGAGAUAUUGAUAGUGAGACAUCAGAAGUGGCUAAUGAUAUUGAAAAUGAGAAUGAACAGGUAUCAUCAGAUCAGUGGGAAGCAGACUCGCUUGGCUUCCAAGAUAUGCAAUUUGAUGAUCUCGAUGAUACAACACACCGUCUUGAUGUGGAGUCGGAUAUUAAACAGAAUAAUAUGUUCGAAGAUGACGCUACAGCGCGACCAUCGACAGCUGGCGACCGGAAACUAGAUGGAGGAAACAAAACCAACAGGAAACAGCGCGAAUCUCGACGAGAGUCAACGACAGAUGUCGCUUCCGGGCAAACGUCGAAAGCUGUCAAACGGAAACGAACCGAAGGAAGUUCAACCAACACGAACCAAAGGAAAUCUCGAGAGUCAACACGAGAAACUGUUCAGGAAACACACCAAUGCCAUAUUUGUCAGCGAGUGUGUUCACGGAAGUCAAACUUGACGAAGCAUUAUAUGACACAUAUCAACGAGAAACGCUUCCAGUGCAAUGUGUGUGGUCGUUGCUUUACAGUAGAGAGUGCUUUCGAACAACAUUUAAGAAGUCACACAGGUGAGAAACCUUUUCAAUGCAAAAAGUGCCUCAAGUCGUUUACACAAAAAGGCACUUUGUCAAGACACAUAGUCAUUCAUUCUGGUGAAAGACCGUAUAAGUGUGAGGAGUGCAACAUGGCCUUUAGUCAACAGAGCACUUUAUCAAGUCACAUGAAAAUUCACACUGGUGAGAAACCUUAUCAGUGCUAUAUGUGUGGACGUCGUUUUAUACAGAGUUACAAUUUGACCGCACACCUGAAGAUCCAUACAGGUGAGAAACCGUUUUGUUGUGACGUGUGCCAAAAGUCGUUUGGUCAAAAAACCGAUUUGAGAAAACACAUGAAAAGACACUUCAAGAACACCAAUUGGUGAGAAACUAGAUGUGAAUGCACAGAGAUUACUUUGGUCAGAGUCUGGUCGAUAAGUGAGGAGGAAGACAUUAGCCCACCAGUGGGAUAGUGGGAUACAAGAUACAACAUCAGCAGACUAUUCAAAAAAGUGUAUGAUCAUAUAUAUUUUUAAGUUAACGAAUAAAGAAAUAUUUUCAUUAUAAAUAAAA